AUGGUAAAUAAGAGUCGAGUUACUGAGGAUUGUGUGAAAAAGGUAGCAUUGAACAAGGGUGAUCAGCGAGCUUUUGUUAGGAGAGAUCAAUGGAGGAAUUUUGUUCCUAGAGGACAGAAUUUCAAGCAAGGAAGUUAUGUUCCACAACAACAUCUGGGUAAGAAUAGCUUCCGGAGAUUCAAUAAUAACAACAACAUGGAAAGAGGUAAAGGAAAGCAGAUUCAGAAUCCUCCCAAUAUCUUGACAUGUAGGAGAUGUGGGGCAUAUCAUUCGAACUCUCCGUGCAGAGCUAGACUGGGUGUAUAUUACUACUGUGGUAGAGCCAGACAUCUAACCUGGAAUUAUCCAGAGAGAAAAAGACAGGAAGCUGAGAGAGUUCAACAGCAGGGACGUGUAUUUACCAUGACAGCGGAUGGUGCUGAAAGAUUAGACACUCUUAUUAAAGGUAAUUGUGAAAUUGGUGGUAAAAUCUUAAUUGCUUUAUUUGAUACUGGGGUAUCACAUUCGUUUAUAUCGUUUGAGAAAGAUAGUGAAUUAGGAUUGAAGAUAACCAUGUUAGCCUAG